CAAACAUGACCGACAUGAAGAAUGAAAUGGACAGUGAUUUGGAUCAGAAUUAUUCACUGAACAGCAAUGCAGAUCCCAAGAACAUGCAGGAAUUGACAAUUUAUGUCCAAAGUCUUUUGCAAAAUGUUCAGGAUAAAUUUCAAACAAUGUCAGAUCAAAUUAUAACACGAAUCGACGAUAUGGGUAAUCGGAUAGAUGACUUGGAAAAGAGUAUUGCUGAUCUUAUGAAUCAGGCAGGUGUUGAGGGGCCAGAAAAAUAAAAAUAA